GCUCCGGGGCGCCUUGUGAUGUCGCCGCGGCUUUGAUACAAAGAACCCUUCGGCCCACGCGGGUCUCCCGGCAACCGGCGCGGGUGGGGGCGGGGCCGGCGCCUUCAACUGGAGCUGAACGGAGGGAACUGCCGCGGCGCGGUGCGGGCCGUUCCUGCUCCCUCCGCGCUGCCCGCCACGUCCCUUCCCACUCCGCUGACCCGCGUCCGCCCGCUUCUCGCCCGGCUGCAGCGCACCGACCCGCGGCCAGAGCGGGGAUGCGCACCCCGCCGGCCCCCGGGAGCCAGGGCAGCGAGGAGCCAGGCCCCACCUUUGCUGGCGGCGAGCUCCUCCCCAGGGAGCCCGGCUUCUUUCCUGAGGAUGAGGAGGAGGCCAUGACGCUGGCCCCGCCCGAGGGCCCCCCGGAGUUAGACAUGGACAGCCCCAUGGAGAGCACCCGGAGCCUGGAGGGGUCGGUCGGGGGUCCUGCCGAGGAGAAGGACGGGGGUCUCGGGGGCCUCUUCCUGCCCGAGGACAAGUCCCUGGGCCACACUCCGUCCACGACGACGUCAGACCUGUCCACACACUCCACCACCUCGCUCCUCAGCAACGAGGAGCAGUUUGAAGACUACGGGGAGGGGGAUGACGCGGACUGUGCCCCCAGCAGCCCCUGCCCCGAUGACGAGACCAGGACCAACGUCUACUCGGACCUGGGGUCCUCAGUGUCUUCCAGUGCGGGGCAGACACCUAGGAAAAUGCGGCACGCGUACAACAGCGAAUUGCUGGACGUUUACUGCUCUCAGUGCUGCAAGAAAAUCAACCUGCUGAAUGACCUGGAAGCCCGACUGAAAAACCUAAAGGCCAACAGCCCCAACCGAAAGAUCUCCAGCACGGCCUUCGGACGGCAGCUCAUGCACAGCAGCAACUUCAGCAGCAGCAACGGCAGCACCGAGGACCUGUUCCGGGACAGCAUCGACUCCUGCGACAAUGACAUCACCGAGAAGGUGAGCUUCCUGGAGAAAAAGGUGACAGAACUGGAGAAUGACAGCCUGACCAAUGGGGACCUGAAGAGCAAGCUGAAGCAGGAGAAUACCCAGCUGGUGCACAGGGUGCACGAGCUGGAGGAGAUGGUGAAGGACCAGGAGACCACGGCUGAGCAGGCCCUGGAGGAGGAGGCGCGGCGGCACCGUGAGGCCUACAGCAAGCUGGAGAGGGAGAAGGGCACCGAGAUCGAGCUGCUGCACACCAGGGUGCAGCAAUUAGAGGAGGAAAAUACAGACCUCAGAACAACAGUGACUCGGCUCAAGUCACAGACGGAGAAGCUGGACGAGGAGCGGCAGCGCAUGUCCGACCGGCUGGAGGACACCAGCCUGCGGCUCAAGGAUGAGAUGGACCUGUACAAGCGCAUGAUGGACAAGCUGCGGCAGAACCGCCUUGAGUUCCAGAAGGAGCGGGAGGCUACGCAGGAGCUCAUCGAGGACUUGCGGAAGGAGCUGGAGCAUCUGCAGAUGUACAAGCUGGACUGCGAGCGGCCAGGCAGGGGCCGCAGCUCAUCCUCCGGCCUGGGCGAGUUCAACGCCAGGGCCCGAGAGGUGGAGCUGGAGCACGAGAUCAAGCGGCUCAAGCAGGAGAACCACAAGCUGCGGGAUCAGAACGAUGACUUGAAUGGGCAGAUCUUGAGCCUCAGCCUCUACGAAGCCAAGAACCUCUUUGCCACCCAGACCAAAGCCCAGUCUCUGGCUGCGGAAAUAGACACAGCCUCUCGAGAUGAGCUCAUGGAAGCCCUCAAGGAGCAGGAGGAGAUCAACUUCCGGCUGCGACAGUACAUGGACAAGAUCAUCCUGGCCAUCCUGGACCACAACCCCUCCAUCCUCGAGAUCAAACACUGAGAUGGAGGCGCUGGCUGCAGAGCGGCCCCGGGACCCCGGGACCCCGGGACCAAAGGGCAGACCCUGCCUGCGGCUGCGGCCCCAUCUCCGGCUGGGCCUCACGCACUCACCGUAAAUGUCUGUCUGGCCACGAUGUACUGUGUCCUGGUGUGGAUGUGGCUGUGGCUGGGGGUGACAUCUGCACGGUCAGCUGUUUGUGCACUCUUUGGUCCUUCUGCAGGGGCAGAGGGUCCUGGAAGUUCAGGGGACAAGGUCUGCAGUCAGGGGUCACUAAUAACAAGAACUGGAAGCUUGUGUUUCAGAUACUGGGUAACGUGAUUCUACCUCUGGGGGUGAGGAUUCAGAAAUGUGCUAGGAAGACGGGGCUCCCCACCACCGCCUCGUUCCCCUGGACCAGGAGCAAAGUUGUCAUCUUUUCCAGGAGUUCGAAUGCCCAGCAGCUGUGCCCUCACCAACCUCUUUGGCCACCCGUGAAGUCCAGGUGCUCAAACUCAGGAGGAGGAAGGGGCGUGCAGGGGGAACACUAAGGGGGGCCUCAGCAGCCCCUCCGGGCGGGCAGCCCCUGUGAGCCUGAGCACGCUGGGUCCCAGGGACUCAGGCUUGCGAGGAGCCGCCUUCACUCCCGGAGGUCUUGGCGUUUUUGGAGCAACCACACACUUGCCCGUCCUGCUUAUCUACCUCUCCCUCCCUGUUUUUGUCCUGUUUAUAAGAACAAGAAAUACUGUAGGGUGAAGGGAUUAAAAGGAAGGGGAAGGAGGCUGAGGGACAGGGGUGUUGCUCACCUGCCCACCUGUGUCCUUACCCCCUGUGUCCUUCCCCUGGCUACAUUCUGAAAGAGGCCAGGGUGGACCCCUGUGCCUAUGGGCUGGGGGUGGGUCCGGCCCACCUGUCCCCACUCUGCGCAGCCUGGUGACACGGGCCUCGGGUCCGGGUGCUCAGAGCCGGGGCUCUGGGCUGGGCUGGGCUCCUGGGGGUCACCUGGGAGGGUUUCAGGGAAACCUUAGUCCUUCGUUGGCACGUGUGAGGAUGCACACUCUGGGUUGUCGAUGCGGUUUCUCAUUCCAGGCAGCUGGGAAUAGGUACUUUCCUUUGAGUUUUCCCAGUGUUUCUCAGUUGUACAGGGCCGAUUCGGUUCCUUAAUCCAAAUAGACACACACAUGGACGGUCCUCAUUUCCUCCCCUGCAGGUUGCUUUCGCUAGCACUUCUGGUGUAGAAGAGAAAGCCUGGGCGUGCUGGGGAGGGACAAAGGGGACCGUGUGAAGAGGACAGGGCAGUGGCAGCUGCGGAGGGCACCUGGGGACUCGUGUGUGUCCCUGAUCACAGUGGCGGGACCGUGGCUACACAACUGACCUUCCUUUAUUCCAGUCCACUUUUGCUUUUGUUGGACUGUGGUUCCUUGCAGGUUUGUGCGCGGAGUUUGUUUUUAUGCUGCAAGCAGCGGGGUACACUGGCUCGACUCAGGAGUUUGGGGCCGCCCGCAUCGGGAGGGCCAGGACAGGGGUCAGUCCUCUGUGGCUUUCUCAACCCCAGUGAUACUGGUCUCCUUGGGCUCCCCUGAGGGUCUGAGAAGUGACAGUGGAAGGAAGACUUAAUGAACAGGUCUCCUGAGAAUUUGCUGAUAGGAAGGCAUGGCCACAAUUUAAGGGAAAGAAGAGAAGAACCAGGGCCUGAGGGCUUUGGUCUGGGUUUCACUUGGGGAGGAGUCCUGCAGAGGCCAGCCCGGUGGCCACCGGCUCUGCUGGGGCUUGCCCCAGCAGAGGAGUAGUUUAG